AUGGAUUCAAAAAGCUUUAAGAUUUCCCUUUUUGCGGUGUUUUUGUUUACAAUUGUAAUUCUGUACAGUUUCAAUUCUACCCCAACAAACAGUUUACAAUCGAAGAGUGGUUCAGAAGUGAUAUCUACUACUGUAGAACUAAAUCCAAAAGAACUACCGACCUAUAAAAUUGAUAGAAUGGAUCGAUUUGAAUGGUACACAAGGAAAUGGAAAGAAGAAAUAAAAAAAGAUCAACCCCCGAAAAUUGAAGAAGUAUCAAUGCUCAGAGCCUACGAAUUUGAUGUGGAAUACUCCAUUUCAAUCACAACUCCGGGCAAAUAUAAAGCAAUUCUAUAUUGCCGAUACUUCGAUGAAUCUGGAGUUGAACUUUUGCCGUCAUUUCAGUCAUACAAUUUUCCGGAGUUUGUAGUGAAUUGCCAAAAAAGAAAAGGAACAAAACGCGUGUCUGUCAGUACACAAGCAACCAAUAACUAUACAUAUCCAAUUGAAUUGCAUGAUAGAACACAGCGAGAGUACAAACGAGAGUUGUCCUUCUGCAUGUCGCCUAUCUACGGAAAGGAGGCUAAAUGGCUGUUGCUUGCUGAAAUUAUUGAACACUAUAAGUUACAGGGAAUGACUCAUUUUUACUUUUAUAUUUUUCACAUUGAUGAAUACAGCAGUGCAAUGUUGAAUGAUUAUGUGAGAACGGGAGAAGUAGAAGUUACUUAUCUACAGGAGAGAAAUGAUAGAGAAUUGUUGCAUUGGCAGAUGGUUGCUUUUAGAGAUUGUACGUUGCGAAGUCGUUUUGAAUCCAAAUGGAGUCUCUUCUCGGACAUAGAUGAACGACUUUUAAUGACAAAGUAUCCAGGAACAAUUCUCGAUUAUUUAAAAGAAGUUAAUGAUCCUAAAAUUGCUGGAGUUCAAUACAGGCAACAAUGGAUCAUGAAAACAGAAUUCAUGCCAGAUAAAUAUGAAGGAGAUAAACAGAUUGACGAAUGGUCUCCCACACUGCGUUGGCACAAUUCAUCUGUUUUCGGGCCUCCAGGACAUACAGUAAAAUGCAUAAUUAUGCCUGAAAAAGUUUUCGCCAUGUGGACCCAUCGUCCGACUAUGAUAUUUCCAGGAUUUUAUGUUCACGAGUUGACACCAGAAGAAGGAAUUAUCCGGCACUACAGGGAUCUUCAAAUGUGGAAUUGGGGAAAAACGUGGCUCAAGGAAAUUGUUGCAAUGGGUCCAAUGAGUAGGACAGAUUAUCCAGCAAAAUAUCAAAAACCUCUGAUAGAUGCGGUUAAAAGAAGAACAAAAUACGUGUAUGAACAUUAUAGUUUAAGGGAACAGUAAAUUGAAUUACUUACUCUAAUAUAAUUGCAUUUUAUUUAUUUUCAUUCGGGUUUUGAGUUUCAUUUUGUUUUAUGGUUUCUGUUGAUUAUAUACAUAUUUUUUAGAAUUGUUUUUUGUUUUAAAAUUUUAGAAUUAGCUCAUUCAUUUUUUAAACCAAUAUAAGGCAUGACGUAAAAAUAAAAAUAAAGUGUGAUAAAAAUACA